CAGAAAGAAUAUUUUCGGACGGACGGAAUGAGUAACAAAUUAACUCUAGAGAACCCUCGGGAACCACCGCCACAAUUUAUCCACCCCUUAUAAAUCCACCGCCAUCCCCUCCCUCUCUCAAUCAACCAUAACCAUUUGAAAGAAGGUCACAAAUUAAAUACUCCGUAGUAAAUACCCACAAAUAAACCAAUUUCAGUUUCCUUUCGCUGUGGCAAUAAUGGAGAAGUCGUCCAAGAUGAUCAUCUGUUUCGCCGGUUACCUCCUCCUCCUCGCCGCCUCCUUCCUCCCGGCGCCAGCCCACGCGCUAAUGCCGUACGCUCGCUCGCCGCUCUUGGAUCAGGUCUUCCCGUCCGAGGAUCCGUUCAGGAUCCUCGAACAGAGCCCGCUCACGAUCCCGAAAGCGGCUGAGUCUCUGGCGCUGGCGCGUGCGGACUGGAAGGAGACGGGGAAGGAGCACGUGAUCUCGCUGGACGUGCCCGGGAUGAGGAGGGAGGACGUGAGGAUCGAGGUGGAGGAGAACAAGGUGCUCCGGGUCAGCGGCGAUCGGAAGGCGGAGGAGGAGGUCGAAGGGGAGAAGUGGCACUGGGCCAAACGGGCUGCGGGCAGGUUCUGGCGCCAGUUCAGGUUGCCCGGGAACGCGGACCUGGACCGCAUUAAGGCGCGAUUGGAGGACGGAGUGUUGAAGAUCAAGGUUCCGAAGGUGGCGGAGGAGAAGAAGAAGCAGGCCAAGGUCAUCGACAUUGCCGGCGAUUCCGCCGCCUCCGGCGGUUAUAUUAAGGCCACAAAAGCUGAUAUAUGAUUGAAUGAUGCCGCGCGCCAUGUUACAUAUAGAGCUGAAAAAUGUCACUC